ACCGCGGUGGACGAUUUGGCAGAAGAAGAAGAAGAGAAAGUGUCGUAGGUCCGUUAAAGCGAAAAGUGAGAUGUAAACAAAAAUAAAUUAAUUGAGCUUCAAACACGAAAACACUUCUGAUCAACAUGUCCACCAAGUGUCUUCCAAAAUCUAAAUUGAAAAACGUUAAUUUCAAGUCUUCGUAUCGGUGUAGAAUAUGCAAAAAUUCGUUUAAAGAGUUCAUUAUAUUCGAGGGACAUUUUGCUUUUAAUGUGAGCUGUCGAGCAAGGAACGGAUGGUUUAUACAAUGCUAUAUUUGUGGGCAAAAGCAAAGAUAUUUGGCUGAAUUAAAGUAUCACUUGCGACUACACGCGAUUCAAAAAAGUAGCCCAUCGACACAAACCGAUUGCAAAAUUAUUAAUCGAGCCAUUAACAGCGAAAAUGGAGAUUCUUGUACUAAUGGCUAUCAGUGUGAAAUUUGCCAAAGAAAUUGUACAACAAAGUUCUACUUGAACGAGCACUUGCUAUCUCAUUCGAAAGAAACUACUACCAAAAAGUCUCCUAAUGAAGACACGCAUGCUAAAACUGUGGAUCAAUUGCCGUCGUCUACAUUUAAAAUUGCAAAUCACGAAAUUGUCCACGCAGACAAGGCGGAAAUAGAUGAACAGACGACUACUCACCCACAGGGACUCAAGUGCGAAGCCUGCAACCUUCCUUUUACAACAGAAGUUUCAUUGAAGUUCCACCGCAAACUCUUUCAUCAGAGCGGUACUCCAAGUACUACUGGCAGCCCGAAAGAAAAUAGUCUUCAAUGUGAUAUUUGCCAGGCCAAAUUUACAUUCAGCGGUAAUUUAAAACGACAUAAACUCAUGCACACCAACGGAGAUGUGGAAUGCAAAAUUUGCCACAUUAAGUUUACGAAUAAGGCUCUGGCAGUGCAUGAAAAGGCUGCACAUCCUGAAUUACAAGACGACGAUGCGUUGAUGCCCGAAGUAAAUCAACCAAACGAUAAGAUCAGUACACCGCCAAUUACAUCUCAAAUUAUUGCACCACCAAUCGUAUCUGAUAGUGUUACAUCGUCGAAUGAAUCUGAGGUUUCAUCAGCACCUUCCAUUUCCGCAUCCGAAACACCACCAGCUGCACCUCAAAUCAAUUACGUUUGUGGUCAAUGCGGCAAAUCUGUUUCAUCGUCUCAUCACCUACGUGCUCACAUAAAGUCACACCGUCAGUUCUCGUGCUGGAUUUGUUCCAGAAUAUUCAAAAACAGGACUGGUCUGCGAAGUCAUUCCCGAUCACACCGUUUCGAAUGUUACAUUUGCAAGACGAAUUUUCCAUCGAAGAACAGAUUAGUCACUCACAUGGGGAAACAUCAAGUGUAUGAACAAUGGAUUGAUCCAGCAACUGUGUAUCUAUCCAAUUGGAAUCCCGAAAUUUCUCGAGAAAUACUGCAGAAUCAGCCGUUGGUACUGGUGAAACGUGUAGACGUUAACAAUACAAGUCUGACUCACCCAGUCAUUUUAGACAAAUCAAACGAAAUUGACUCGAAUAUGAAGGUUAAAAAUGAACCUCAAAUUAUUGCCAAUAACACUGCCGUUCCGCCAAUUAUGAACGGUGAAUCUGAAGUCGAUGUGUUCGAGGACAGAACAAUUGCCGAAGUAAAAUAUUCCGAUCAAUUCAACAUAUUAAGGCAAAUCAUCAAUGACAAGAGGAACGCUCAGCCCGUAAACUGUGUUGACGAUCAACCAGCCUUAUCAUUUGACGAUGACGAAAUUAUAAUCAUUGAACGAGAGCCUGAUACUACAACUGAUUGUGACAAUGUAAUAGACAUUUCGUCGGAAAGUGAUAUUGACGAGAUGGAGUUGUACCAUUGCUACUUCUGUAAUGAAACAUAUCGUUCAUUAGAGUCACUCGGUGUUCAUGUUAAAAUAUGUUCAUAUUGCCCGUGACAUAUUAGCGACUUGUGUAAACAUUCAAAUUUAUUAUUUUUAUUUCGUACGACUAAGGUAGGAUGCAAUGAGUUAAAGACUCCUAGAUUUUAAGUAUUUUUCGUUCCAUGACCAAUGAAAUUUUUGAUAUGAAAAUGGCCUGCCGAUUAUUAUUUUUGCCAAUAAAUUAUGGAUGAA